GCUGGGUCUGUUAUCAGUGGAUCUGUUGGCAGUCUUGCGUACUGCAGCUGAGCGCAGAAGGAUUGACUUUAUUGCACUAGGGGGAACAGUAGGUAUCCAGGAUAUACCAGGCAAGUGGUAAACACAAAUGGAGGGCUAUCUGCUGCUGCUGCCCCAGUCAGUACUUGACUGAGAGAGAGACAGACAGAGAGAGAAAGAGAGAAGAAAUGGAGACAUCCAACCAGCUACUAAGUCUUGACCAAAAGAAGGAGGAAGAUGUUGGGACUAGCUUGUUUCACUGCCAUAUGAAGCAAAGAAGGCUUUUUAAUCCUCAAGAGGAUAUGAAGCUCCUGUUACACCGGUUGAUAGUUGUCGCCAGCCUCCCCCAGCAACUCGCAGACAGGAAAGACCUGGGAGUACACUACGAAGAACUGAACCAGCGCCUGCAGAGGUAUUACCAAGGAGAUGCUAUCACAGGCCUGCUUUUGCUGUACCCAACCUGCAUGCUUCAUGUCAUUGAGUCCUCCAGCGAGGUUCUUGUGUCUCUGCUGCAGGAUCUGAGGGACAUGCAGGAACGGCCACACUGUGUCCUGAUCGAGGCGCCCAGGGUCCUGGUGAUGUCACAUGACCUUCCCAGCAGGUUGUUCCAGCAGUGGAGCUACAAGGUGCUGAAUGUGCCGGCCAGGGUGGGUGGGAUGCUGAGUAGAGACGGGCCAGAGGAGGAGGAGGAGGACACCGACACACUGGUCAGCACCGCCCUGUCUAUGCUGCUCAAGCUGGGGAAUCACCUCCUCAAAGCCACCAAGGGGUCAAAGAUGACUCUGUACUCUGUUCUGGAUGAAGUACCAGAGAUGAUAGUCCCCCAGGAUAUCCUGGUUCAGCUCCUGUCCAGAGGAGACCUUCUGAGCCCCCAGCAGUACCUGCAGGCCUACCACACCCCUCUCCACAUCCUCAUGGACUCUGGGCACGUGUUUGGAAGCAGUCAGCUCACUACAGUUUAGUGUUUGGCCAAAAGGUCAAAGGUAUGGGUGUGUCAGCAUGUCAAAUGAAACCAAUGCAUGUGGUUUGAACCCAGAGAAUAACAUUGCAUGGGCAUCAUCUCAAAUUGGAUCUGCAUGACUUUGAAUGGAUUGUAUCUCUCUGAAUGAAGGAUAUUUUGAUUCCGGCACAGUAUAUUCCAUUGUACGCAAGGGAUCUUGAGGUGUUGCUGUGCAUUUGAAUCGUAUUCCUUGUCUUUGUCUCGUGUUCUUGUCCUUGACAAAGGCCUCUGCAUGUAGGCUUUGAUAUAGGGAUUUAUUUUGUGGACACUGUCAGUUGGGAUGAUUCACAUGUUUGAUAUUAUUU